AAUGAUGGAGGGAUAACUAGCACGCAUAACUUGUUUCGACAUGGUUUUGUUCUUGUAUCUAUAUGUUUUACUCGAGUUUGCAUUCGUACAUAAACUCGAGUCUCUUCAAGAGGUGAGGUGCUAGGUUCCGGGAUGGAUAAUUAUGGUGAUGUUUCUUUAUACAAAAGCAGUCAAGCAAAAACCGAACUGGAUAGUAAUGUCACUAAUCCUAAGCUACUAUAAGUACAGAAAUAUUUUCCAACCACAUUUUAAUUUAAAUAUUCUGGAAAAUUUAUUUAAUAAAUAUAUCGUUAUUAGUAUGCAUUAAAUCAGUGAACUCUUCCAGCAAAUGAGAAUGAUAAGGAAAACAAUUUACAACAUUUGCGGAAUUACCGGCUUAACUUUCUUAUGUAAAGCAUACAAAAAUACAAAAUGUAAGCGGGGAAUUCCGCCUAAGUAGUAAACUGUUUGUGGCAUCAUUACGAAAUAUUCAACAGAGCGAACUAAUUUCCGGUUAAUAUUUCUGGCUUAACUGAUAAUGAAGUUGUUGGGUACCCUGCAUGAAUAUAUGUUUAAAGCUGCAUCCAUUUCUCCUUUGACAAAAAAUCGCUUUUAAUUUUCAUACUUGCAAUGUACCUUGCUAAAAAAACAUCCGUAAAUUAUCUAAACUGUAGCCUAAUAAUUUGAAAAUUUCGUUAAUGAAGCGAGUAAAUUUUACAAACUAAAAUGGAAUACAAGAAACAGGUAUAAAUAAAUGGUAGAAAUUUAGGAAUUAUCGUACAACUUAACUAAAUAUGUAACUUUGCAGGCAGCCAAACAAUGUGGCUUGCAAAUACAAUGCAAUGUGCCUGCAGUAUGAACUCGACCAGAAAGAUAAGAGGUUGAGGUUGUGUCUUAAUUAUUACAAAAAUUUAUUUCAUCGCUAUGUUAAUACGUAAAUACGUAUACAUACAUAAGUGAAGAUGAGUUAUCUACAUAUGCAGACCGCACAACAUUCUUUCUGGUGAACAGGUAAUAUGAACAAAAUGAAGUGAUAAUUUUCGCUACAGUUUACACUGGAUUUUACCCUUAAUACAGCAAAAAUAAUAUUAAAGCAACGCCUAAUAUCUAUUUGGUCCUGCUUGCAUAACAUGAAAGUUUCCAUCAACUAUUUUGAAAUGCUUGUCGUCAUCCAGAGUUACGUUGGUAGAAAAUCUGGUGAUCAAGUACGAUAAUGCUUCAAUUUAUUUAUUUGAUUUCGAUGCUCGUGCAACAUUUAAUAUUUUCAUACCUUGUAACUUACCAGACAGGAUUUAAUAUCUAAUUGUGCACUAUUUAAUAAAAUGUAGUGCCGAUGUCGAUAAAAUGAAGAUCUGGUCAUCUAUUGCAGUGGCGUUCCUUGGAUUGGGACGGCCUGGAGCACAUAUUCAGUCCGGCCUAUUCAAAACUGGUGCAAAAUAUCUAGUCAUUGGGACAUUUUAUCUUGCUUCAAAGUGGGUCGUAAAAUUAAUUAUGACAUCUAGGCGUCUACAUACUCUCUAUCCACGCAGGUUUGAACUUUUACAGAAAUUAAGAAUUCUGAGAAACUACGCCACUGCCAGUCUUAAAUUCCCCAUAUUUAGCAUAGAGAAAAUUCUUUUGAAAUUGACAGCGGCGUAGUUUCUCAAAAUUUUCAAUGCCUGUAAAACUUCAAACCUGCGCAUGGAGAUAUCCAAAUUUCAAACCGCGGAGUAAAUUUUACAUGAAACAAAUUUUCGGCUCAUUUUAAUUUCCCUGUCAAUGAUGUUAAUUAUAAUUUGCAGCGGAACACAUAAAGUUAGAAUUUUAUAAUAUUGGUGCUAAUUCCGCUCUCUUUGCCCUUUGGAAUCAGUACUAAAAAUCUCAAAAAACGGUACCGAGUUUAACGUUUUCAGCAGUAUGUAUGAGGAACACAAUGAUGCAUUAAUUCUGUAACAAGAUAAGUACAUACGUAUGUUACGGUAUUUGUAUGUGAGGAAGAAUGCAUUGAUUCAAAUAAAAGUCUAAAAAAUAUACAGAGUCUGACAUUCCAUUAGAAAUGUCUAAAUUUUCAGAAGGAAAAUGUUCUUAUUAACACUCAAUUGCAUAGAUGCAAUUGAGUGCUAAAUUUUGGGGGAUUCUCUUAUAAUGACCACAAUUUUUCAGUACGACUACUCUUCUUCCCGAAUUAAAAAGUGUUCCAUAAAACGACAAUUGUCUUCGCUCGAAUCAAACGAUUAAAGCUUAGUACUCAGGAAGGAAUUUUGACGCGAAGCGGCAGAUUCUUUGAUUUCUAUUAAAUUACACCUUCACAGGACUCCGGAAUUUCAAUACAAUGUGUACCAAACAUUUGUGUUCAUAUAAAUCAACCCAAAAGUGUUCCCAAGUUGCUUUUCCUAUUUCAUGCUAAACAUUUUCAUGCCAAAAAUCCGCCCUGACCAAGGACCCCUGAGCACUAAAUAGGUUUAAGCUCAAUCUAAAUUCCACCCAAUUAACUAAACUAGAAAUCAUGUGCAUUCACCAAUAAGGCGACCAAAAUCGGAAGUUUUUAUCAAAUAAGUUUUUCGCUUAUUUCGCUUUUUAAAAUUGUGGUAAAACCGGUUUUCGAUUAAUUAGCUUUAGGAAAAUUCCACGAAACCAGGUUUAUAUUAAUUGGAUUUUGGAAAUUCGUAGGAAAAAUGUGUUUGAUUCGCACAAACCGGGUUUUGAAGACGGUUUUAUUCAAAUUUUUUAAAAAAAAUUAGCAAAUAUAAUAACCACAAAUUUGAUGCAAAAUUCAAAUUAAAUGUAAACUUGGGAAUGAGGAAUUACAGCACGAUUAAUUCUUAUCUCAAUAAUUAAACAUUAGAUUCAAAGAAUUCGUAUUAUUAAAAACCAAAACCCGGUUUUCGAGUGUGUAAAAACCUUAUUUGUACAGAACCGAUUUCUUCGAACAUUGUGAAACUGGUGUUUUGGAGAAUUGUAAAAAUUAUGACAGGUUUUUGCUUGAACCAAAAACCGGCUUUUAUUUACCUUCAUAUCAGCUUUUACGAAAUUGAAAAAACCGAUUUUGAAUGCCUUCCCUAUGUACCCAACGAUAUUCACUUUCUUUGAAAUUAAAUUCUUGAAAUCAAAUGUUACAUGAGAUUAUGAACUCGUGGAGGGAGGUAUGAAAUUAUAUGUAAUACUACAUUUUGUAUGACACAUCAACGUUCUCAUGAUCUAAAGGUCUAAACCCGUAAGAGCAGAUGCGGGUUUAUAAUCGCUAGAUUUUUGAGUAGGAACACACGGCCUGGCAAAUUAAGCACGUCUUCCUUACAUUUUCCGAUACUUAAUGUGCAAUUAUCUUGCGGCGUGUGAACACACAAUUAUAUCUAGUGCAUAGGGCGAGCCGGUACGGCCCAUCGGGCCGUACGGCCUGGAGCCAGCGCUCCACCUAGAAGCAUCGUCGGUACGGGCCUGAUCUAUUGAAUAACAAAUUUGUAUGAAUUAAACUUACGAAAUGGGGAUUCCAGUCGAGACAGAGCACUAAGUAGUCUUGGCAUCAGAACUGACGAAAUUUGGGUUAAUGAUGAGUGAGUGAGUGAGGUAUGAUGUGUUUUUGAGAUAAGUAUGCACUAGACAACCCAGGUAAGGUAUAAACUGAGCUUGCGGUAGUGAAGUAGCCAGGGUUGCACAAGGAAUGUGCCAAAAUACACCGGCUAAAUAAUAACAAUACAAAAAUUUGUUUGCAUAACGAUAUUAUCAUGGUUUUAAAAAUCACUCCAAAGUGGUUAAAAUCACAUGACAAAGGGAUUGUUCAUAUAUAAUGGCUCAUUUUCAACAGGUGAGAAUGGGGGAAAUUUCAUAUCCUCCCCGUUAAUAAUGAUGACGUGGUAUAAAUAUGGACGAGCGUAAAAUGAUUUGACACAUUUUUAAGAUACGUAGAUAUUCUUAUUUAUGAGUACGAUUACAUAUCUACAUAAACAACUUUUGUUCGGUCCGCAUCAAAUUUAUUUAUGUUUGCUCCAUUUCAUUAAGUAAAAAAAUGUGUAUGGCGGAACCCUGUCGGAGUUUUUGAUUCAUUUUUAAUACGACUUGGUAUCAUUUAAUGUUGCUAUUAAAAUCCACAAACCUCGCCACCUACGAUUUCUGUGGUGAUUUACACCCUCAACCGCAAACAAUUUCCGGGAGAUUGAUCGGAUAUGGAAGUAUUCCCUAUAAAAAUUUGAAUUUUUGUACAAUUUCUAAAAUAUAUAUUUUGUCAAAUAGACAAAUUUUGGAGAGAAGGCAUGUUCGAAAUUUAAAUUUGGAAGAACCCAAUCGUUUUCUUGUAAACCUUGUAAAAUUAGGACAAAUUUAUUAUGGCCCUGCGAGUAAGCAACGGGACAAAGUCGUACGUUAAAGGAUCCUACAUUCUUAAAGAUCUCAAUAUGAGUGUCGGACGGGGAGAAAUGUAUUUUUUUAUUUGAAAUUUGAAUUUGGAAUCUUCAAAAUUUUGGAAAAUGAUUAAUUCAUCAUUGUGUAUUUGACAAAUUUACUUAGUUAUGGACUCCUCGGUGCGAGUGGGUGUGGGUAAGUUUAUGAGUAAAAUAAGCGUUUAACAAACAGAUGAACUAUUUCUGCAGUUAAUGCAAAUUUUUUGCUUAUGCAAAUUUUGAGAGUGGAAAUAGUUUGUAUCAUUUUUUGAAGAAAGACUACUCUUCUCUCUUGUGUCGUCGGGCUACGAAAGCUCGACCGUGGUGAUCUUAUAGUAUUUGGACAACAAAGGAACGGUCACCUGGGUCAGUUGUGCGGCUACAUGCCACAAGAAAGAAAAAAUGAAACCUUUCCAAAAACCCGAUAUGAAAUUGCGCUGCACCACUUUGGACUAAUUUAUGGCAUGUCGGGAAAAUCGAUAGAAAACAGGAUAGAUUUUCUCGUCAGCUUUCUCGACUUGCCAGACCGGUCAACACAAAUUCAAUAUUUGAGUGGGGGCCAGAAGAGAAGGGUGUCCUUGGCCGUGGUUACGAUUCACAAUCCUGCCCUUCUGGUUCUCGACGAGCCUACUGUGGGUCUGGAUCCUCUGUUGAGACAAAGAAUUUGGGAGCACUUAUUUGAAAUUUCACGCACUCAAGGGACCACCAUCAUAAUAGCUACGCAUUAUAUCGAAGAAUGCAAGCGGUGUGAUAAGGUUGGUUUUAUGCGGGGCGGUCAACUUCUCGCCGAAGACACGCCCACCGCCCUUCUCGCCAUGCAUGGCGAGACAUCCCUUGAAGCGGUGGCUCUCCACCUGUCCCGUCUCCAUGAGACUCGUACGUCCACAAAUGCAGACGUCUGCAAGGCUCAACCGUUGUCCACGGAUCCCGACAAGAUUUUCGGGGACGAAGAGAGGUGGGUCGUGAAGGCAAACUUCUACCGCAAGUUGUCCAUCACGUCGCAUGACAAUGUCACCCACUCGCCCGUCAAUGUGGAGACGAACCAUUUAUCUAUCCUGCAUGCCCUCGUACUUAAGGCGUGGCGAAGCAGGAAGCGGGACUGGAGGUACAGUCAAAAUAUUUGUGCUAGUCACCGCAUUUGCAUUUUUUGGCGCAUUCGCGUAACACAAAGUUUAUUCUACAUGGAAAACCCGUAGUUUUCCUUUUGAAAAGUAAAUUCACUCUGAAUUUUGAAUUACGUUAACCAUAGUAAAUCAAGAGUAACGUUGACUUUAGAAAGAGUAAAGUUUGCAUGAUUAGUGUGAUUUACUAUAUUUAGAAUCUAAAGUGCAUUUACAAAUGGUAUAUGUAUACUGAUCAAAAUUGUUAUUUUGUUUAAGCGUGUGUCGCUCUUCAAAUUUUAACAACUUACAUAUACGAUUCGCAGUAGUUUU